UGUAGGUAAACAAUGAAUUUUUAGUAAAGUCGCUAUCAACAAUCUCUCAAGUUUUUGAUACAUUUUCAAUUCUUCCGAAAAUAUGUUCGGCCCUCAAGCAACGUCUUCUUUAAUCAACAAGACAGAAGCAAUUGAGAAUCCUAUUAGUAUAGAUCUUAUUGAGCCUCAUUUGUAUUUAGGAAAUGCCACAGUUGCCAUGUCUCUUACAACUUUGAAUGAACUAAAAAUUAAUCACAUAUUAACAAUCGAUUCUUGUCCACUCCCUGACAAUAUUCGCUAUAAUCCACAAAUUACCAGCAAAUACAUUAAAGUAUUCGAUGUACAUAAAGAGGAUAUGCUGCAAUAUUUUGAGGAAUGCAUUGAGUUCAUAGAAAAUGUGAUCAAAAAACGAAUGAAUGUCCUCGUCCAUUGCUACUAUGGUGUUAGCAGAAGUGCUACUAUUGUGAUCGCCUAUAUCAUGAAAAAACACAAGAUGAAAUAUGACAAAGCGUUUGAGUUAGUCAAGUCAAAGAGGAAACUUGUAGGUCCAAAUCCAGGUUUUAUUCAGCAAUUGAGAUUAUUCCAUAGAAUGGGGUUUCAAAUAGACAAAAAUGACGAAAAAUAUAAAAUAUAUCGAUUACGGAUAGCAGCUGAGAGUAUUAAAUUAGCAAAAAGACUGCCAAGCAAUUAUUCCUCCGAUCUCGUUAAACCUGAUCCAUCAAUUGCCCAAGAAAUUCCAGAGCCUAUUGUGUUUCGGUGUAAGCGGUGUCGUCGAGUACUUGCGAAUAAAAGCAAUCUUUUGCCACAUUUUAUACCGAUGCCUGACACGAAAAUCUCUUCUAAUCUGAACUCUACUGCACAAUCGGACCAAAGUACACAAAACCUCCUUUUGACUUCCAUUGAAAAUAAUCAAAGUGAGCGAUCUGAAGAAACAGAAUCUAGCAUUUGUUCAGAAGCCUACUUCUUUGAACCUAUCGCUUGGAUGACCGAUAUAAUCAAUCAUACACAAGGCAGUUUAAAUUGUCCCAAGUGUAAGGCGAAAUUAGGAAAAUUUAAUUGGGUCCAAUCAUCAAAAUGCCCAUGCGGAAAACAUGUUCAACCCGCGUUUUACAUGAUGCCUUCAAAAAUUGAAAAAUCAAAUGUUGUUCAAAAUGUUCAAGUUACUGUUUGAAGAAUCUGUGAACAAAAAACAAAUAACAUACGCUUAAGUAGCAAUAAAAAUUAGUUUCUUCCAACUUAAACAACAAAAAAAAAAUCAUAUACAAAAGUUUAUUAGGUAGAAAAAUACAAAUUCUAGUCCAAAGACAUCCUACAUACCUAAUGAAUAUUGUGAAACAGCCUCUUUUUCGAAAAACAACGAUCUAAUCAAAUUAAGAAGAAAGUUUUUGUACAAAAGACAAUUUUCCUUUAUUAUUUUCUCUUUCAAUCAAACACAACAAGGGGAUUUUUGCUGCAUU